AUGGACGGUAUAACCAAACCAAAACAACUUUUCAACUUAAACUCCACCACCCUUGUACCGCUACCCAAGACUCCACAAGCUGCCUUGUCCACACCCGAAUGGUUCAAUGCAAUGCACAAUGAGUUUAGUGCACUUAUUAAAAAUGAGACCUGGGAGUUGGUGCCACGUCAGCCGAAUAUGCACAUCAUUCGUAGUAUGUGGCUUUUUAAGCACAAGUUUAGAUCUGAUGGGAGUCUUGAGCGUUACAAAGCUCGUUUGGUAUGUGAUGGUAGGGGUCAACAAGUUGGUAUAGAUUGUGGUGAAACCUUCAGCCCGGUUGUUAAACCGGCUACUAUUCGCCUCAUUUUAUCCCUAGCUCUCUCUCAGUCAUAG